AAACAUUUCUUGCCACAUUAAUUUCAUUAUGCGGCUCUUAAUCAAAAGAUUGGAUUGCUUAAAAAAUUCCCUAAAAUGUUGUCUUCAACAACAAGGUCACCCAACGUACAGCACACAAAAGAAAUUGGCGAAUGAAUUGUUUUCUGCACAAUAUUGUAUAAAUUUAGUGGAGAAAAAUGAUUAUGAAAACUAUUUGUGUACAUUACUGUUGAAUGGUGAUCAACGGCGACAUGCAUUUGCAUUAAGAGCAUUCAAUGUUGAGGUGGCUAAUUGUGGAGCAAAGGUAUCAGAGGAGCAUAUAAAUAAAUUGAAACUGAAAUUUUGGUAUGAUUCCAUCGAUAAAUGUUUCACCAACGAGACUUCUUAUGUAGCUGAUCAUCCAGUUUUACGUGAAUUGAAAUAUACAGUCGAUUCAAAUAAGCUUAGCAAAAUCUAUUUAAAGCGUCUUGUCACGGCACGUGAUCGUCCUUCAAAUCAACCAUUUCUUACAGUAAAACACCUAGAAGAGUAUGCCGAGCAGGUCUUCUCAUCACUUUUUCAUCUCCUAGUUGAGUUAAAUGGCAUUAAGGAUAUACAAGUUGACCAUGCUGUAUCACAUUUGGGCAAAGCACAAGGUAUUGCUACGCUCCUUAGAGCGAUACCGUAUAAGGGGCGAACUCAAGCCUUAAAUGUGCCACAAGAAAUUUUGAUAAAGCAUGGUGUGAGUCAGGAGCGUAUUGUGAGAGAUAAGGCUGAAGACAAAGGAGUGGAAGAAUGUAUUUUUGAAGUAGCGUCUGUGGCGCAUCAGCACUUAGAAAAGGCUCGCAGCCUUAUCGAUAAAGUACCGAAAAGUGUGCGUAAAGUUUUCUUACCGUCAAUAGCUGUGGAACGUUAUUUAGAACGCUUACGGAAGUCGAAUUUCAGAUUAACUGAUCAGAGAUGUUUACAACGAGAUUCGAUGCUACCGAUAUCGCUGUAUUGGAACAAUUUCCGCAGUCGCUACUGAUUACCUACCUUAUUGAGCUUUUAAACAGGAUCUUCAGCAAAUUCGAUAGGAAUGAAACGCCAAUUUUUAGCCAAAUCUCUAAGAGAUUCAGCUAUUAGUUGACUGAUUAUACGCAAUAUACUACUGCAGUAUGUAAAUAGGUACAGGUAAAUCGUCGCAUGAUAUAAUGUGAAAAAGAAAAAAGUAUAAAGUAAAUCAAAAA